GACUCUUCCCGCCUCCUCCCUCCUUCUUCUUCGUCCUCCUCGUCGGUCCUUCUUCAUCAUGGGCUUCGGUGACCUGAAAUCCGCCUCCGGCCUCAAAGUGCUCAAUGACUUCCUGUCGGAGCGCAGCUACAUCGAGGGGUACGUCCCCUCUCAGGCUGACGUGGCGGUCUUUGAUGCGAUCUCAGCCCCGCCCUCGGCUGACCUGUGCCACGCCCUGCGCUGGUACAAUCACAUCAAGUCUUACCAGAGUCAGAAGAGCAGUCUUCCAGGUGUGAAGAAGCCACUGGGUCAGUAUGGCCCUGCAGGUGUGGCUGACUCCACCUCUGGCCCCGCCCCCGCCUCAAAGGAAGAUGAUGAUGAUGACGACAUGGACCUGUUUGGCUCUGAUGACGAGGAGGACGCCGAGGCGGCGAGGCUGAAGGAGGAACGUUUAGCGGAGUACGCUGCUCGCAAGUCUAAAAAGCCCGCCCUCAUAGCCAAAUCUUCAAUCCUAUUGGACGUAAAGCCGUGGGAUGACGAGACAGACAUGGCGAAGCUGGAGGAGUGUGUGCGCAGCAUUCAGAUGGACGGGCUGGUGUGGGGACAGUCUAAAUUCGUCCCCGUGGGUUACGGCAUCAAGAAGCUGCAGAUCAGCUGUGUGGUCGAAGACGACAAGGUGGGCACAGACAUCCUGGAGGAGCAGAUCACAGCGUUCGAAGACUUCGUUCAGUCGAUGGAUGUCGCUGCUUUCAACAAAAUCUGAAAACAAAAACGUGUUCAAUAAAAUACCUGCACAAAAAACAAA